AUGAUGAAUGGGCUGCCUCUCCUGCUGCUGCUCCUCUUCUGGCUCCUGCCUCCAACGACUCAUAAGAUGACGCAAAGUGUGUGUGUGUUGAGGAACCCUUUGCAGACUCUGGAGGAGCAUCACUGGCCUGGCGAUCUCAUUAUCGGCGGGAAUCUGCCCCUGCGGACAAUUUUCGAUGUCAUGAGAAAAUUUCACCAGGAGCCACCACUCACCCCAGUUUUAGCCACCAUUACGCCCAGGAACUACCAGCUGUUUCUGGCCUUGGUACUUGCAGUAACGAAGAUCAACAGGGAUUUGGUUCUCCUCCCCAACGUCACACUCGGCUUCCGUAUCUCUGACAACAGCCAGUCUGUGAGGAGGAUCUCCUUGAACAGCCUCUCUCUGCUCUCGACACGAGGCCGAAUGGUUCCAGGCUACAAAUGUGACAGGAGGGACACUCUGCUCUCCGUCAUUGGAGAUCUCGUCCCCAAAUCCUCAAGGCAGAUGGCCUCCAUCUUCGGCAUCCUCAAGGUCCCACAGCUCGGAUUUGACUUCGAGUUCACUCAGGGAGACAGAAUAGUUUUUCCUUCCUUUUUCCGAAUUAACUCCAAUGAACUUCCUCAGUAUGUGGGCUUAGUCCAGCUGCUCCUGCAUUUCCAGUGGAACUGGGUUGGGCUUGUGGCCCCUGAGGAUGACCGUGGAGAGCAUUUCAUCUCCUCCCUGAAGCCCAUGCUCAAGCACAAGGAGAUCUGCCUGGCCUUCACUGAAAUGUUGAGAGUUAAUAAUCUUCAUAUGUUCACAUUCCUUCUUCCCACAACUUGGUUUAAAGCUGAAGUGAUUAUUUUGUUUGGGGACUCCAGUAGUGUUACUAUUAUAUACCUGGCUGUGGAUCUUUAUGAACGACAGACUAAGAUUUCAUUUGGAAAAGUCUGGAUCCUGACUUCCCACUGGGAUGGUAGCUUUAUAGCAUCUCAAGGAACAGUGCAAACUCUAAAGCCCUUCCAUGGGGCUUUGCAUUUCAGGGACCACACUGGGGAUGUCCCAGAAUUCAGGCACUUCCUCCUGUCUUUAGACCCCUUGAACGCCCAAGGAGACGCCUUUCUCCCUCCCUGGUGGGAAAUGGUCUUUAGGUGCAGUUUCCUGAAAUCAGGUGAAAUCCCUCAAGAGGGGAAGAAACCAUGUACAGGAAUGGAGCGUUUGCAGAAUCUGCCAGCUUGCGUGUUUGAAAUGAGCAUGAUGGGUGAAAGUUACAGCAUCUACAAUGCCAUUCAUUCUGUGGCACACGCAGUACAUGCAAUGCAUGGAUCAGGAGAGCGGCCAACCCUGAUGAGGCUUGGAAAGAGGAUCUCCAAUGUCCAGCCAUGGCAGAUUCUUCCCUAUUUGAAGAACGUCCGGUUCAACAACAGUGCUGGAAGUGAAGUCUCCUUCUCAGAAGAUGGACUGGGAUCAGCUCGUUAUGAUCUUCUCAACUGGCUUUUCCUGCCCAAUCAAUCUUUCGUCCCUGUGACAGUUGGCCAAAUUGAUCCUGGGGCUCCCCCAGCCCAGGAUUUCGCCAUUAACUCUGAGGCAAUCAUCUGGGCCACAAAGAAGGUGCCCUUUGCCAGGUGUGGCAUGAAGAGGUGCCGUGCGGGUGAGAGGAGAAAUGUUCCAGAAGGCGAGCAGGUUUGCUGCUACCGAUGUGACCCUUGUCCAGAAGGGACCAUUUCUAAUCAGACAGAUGCAGCUCACUGUAACCCCUGCCCAGAAGACCAGUACCCCAACAAGGGCAAAGAUCACUGCAUUGCCAAGAAGAUCCACUUCCUUUCCUAUCAAGAGACCCUGGGAUGCACUUUAGCUUCUCUCACCCUUUCACUCUCUGUGAUCACGGUAGCAGUCCUGGCAAUUUUCCUAAAACAUUGUGAUACACCAAUCAUCAAGGCCAGCAACCAAGAUCUCACCUACAUCCUCCUGGUCUCCCUCCUCCUCUGUUUCCUCUGCUCCUUCCUCUUCAUCGGUCGACCCGGGAAGCUCACCUGUCUCUUCCGACAAAGUGCCUUUGCCAUUCUCUUUUCCCUUGCGGUUUCCUCUGUGUUGGCAAAAACUGUCAUGGUGGUUCUGGCCUUCAUAGCCACCAAGCCAGGGAACAGGACAAGAAAACUCUUAGGAAAACCACUGACCAACUCCAUUGUCUUCACCUGUCCCUUAGUCCAAGCAGUUCUUUGUGCCACCUGGCUGGUAACCUCUCCCCCGUUUCCCCACUUGGACUUCCACUCCUUGGUAGGAGAGACCAUCUUGGAAUGUAAGGAAGGCUCAGCUUCCAUGUUUUACACUGUCCUCACCUACCUGGGUUUCCUGGCCCUCCUCAGUUUCACAGUAGCCUUUCUGGCUAGGAAACUGCCCGACAGCUUUAAUGAGGCCAAGUUCAUUACUUUUAGCAUGCUGGUCUUUUGCAGCGUUUGGAUCUCCUUCCUCCCCACCUACCUGAGCACCAAAGGGAAGUCCAUGGUGGCCGUGGAGAUCUUCUCCAUCUUGGCCUCUGGAUCCGGUCUCUUGGCUUGUAUCUUUUUCCCCAAAUGCUACAUUAUCCUAUUGAGGCCUGAUCUGAAUUAUGCAGCUCGCUGUGACCCCUGCCCAGAAGACCAGUACCUUCACAAGGGCAAAGAUCACUGCAUGGCCAAGAAGAUCCACUUCCUUUCCUAUCAAGAGACCCUGGGGUGCACUUUAGCUUCCCUCGCUCUUUCUCUCUCUGUGAUCACUUCUGCAGUCCUGGCCAUUUUCCUUAAGCAUCGCGACACACCGAUCGUCAAGGCCAACAACCGAGAUCUCACCUACAGCCUCCUGGUCUCCCUCCUGCUCUGCCUCCUCUGCUCCUUCCUCUUCGUUGGUCGACCUGGGAAGCUCAGCUGUCUCCUCUGA